GCUGUAACAACCCAGGCCGAAUGAGGCUCCAAGCGUUCCUGGCGCUUGAACCCUUUAUUGGCCAAGCAACCCUCGGCGAUUUACAUCUCUGUAACCCCAUUCGACAUUUUGCCCUCGCCCGGUUGUAUCCGCCUUUCAACCGGUCAUGUUUAUCUGUCGAAUGGCUGUGCGCAACCAGACGACAUCCCUUUCUGAUGCCCUGAUGCAAAUCCCAAUGGCCUUAAGGUAACUCUAAUCCACUGGGGCCCAGUUUCCAGCUUUUCUUCGGCUCGUACGAUACAACCUUCCGAUGUGGAUCCGUCCAUUUUUGGGAGUUUUCGAGGCCUCUUAAUCUUCCUCGUUCCUUUCAAAGGCCUUCGACAUUGCAUCAAUACGAUCUUUCAAUGUCUUCUCGAAGCCAGGCCACGGCUUACGCGUCCUAAGCUCCUAGUAUUUGUUCUUGGCAUCGUUUCGCGAGCUUUGAAUUUGUGUUCAGGCCCGCCUGUAUUUUCCUGAGCUCGGCGAGUCUUGCUUCCACUUUUUGAUCUGCACACAAAGCCUCUUUUUGGUCAUCCAUACUAGCAUCUCAUUGACUGCCUCUACAAUAUGCGUCACGUUUUCGCAAAGUCCGCGGCAUUGCUUGCUGCUGCUCUCGUCGGCGCAGUAGAAGGCGCGGCCCUAGUUGGCGAAGACAAACCAUGGCAGAUCUACAACCUGUCCAUCAACGCACUGCCAACAAAUUCGACGCAGAAAAACGUAACACAGCACAUUACAUUCAUUGCGGUCGAUCCCAACGUCGAUAGCGGGUUGAAUUUCACAGCCAAUUGUUCGAGCUUCCUGCCUGUAGGCCAGUCGCUCUUUUCAAAUGGCUACACGCCAUGCAACUUCACAGACGCCGGUUUCAGUCUGCGGCAAGAAGGUGUGUUAUGGUUUCACCGGGUGUAUAAGAACGGAGAACCAGCACCUUGGGACACGACAAUUUGUGUUGGGAACACAGAUUUACAGAACUCUAGCUAUUACAGCAAUGGUCCUGAUGGUAUGACGGUGGUUCAGGAUUACAUGGAGAUCGCUUGCACCAUGAUGACUUGAAAUUUGAACAAAAUCGGUGAUAUCAAAAACUUUUUCAAAUGUCUACGUCACUUCUGUUACGGAAACGUAGAGAACUUCUGUUGCUCGAGGCCUGUGUAGGUGCAGAUUAAAAGUAAAGAUACCCAGGUAGCUGUUAGAUGUACUGCUGCCGACCGCAUUAAGUGUAAUCUAAUAUUAAGGUCCUAGACAUCUCACAUUCUACAGUCAUAGCCAACUCAGAUGUCAAAAGGUAUAUAUUCCAGGCUAGCAUCAAUAGUAUGUUCUCUGUUCCUCCAUGCUCUCUUGUCAAAGAGAAAAAC